AUGUCCUCCUCCAAAGAUAAAGCUCCGCAACAACAAACCGUCGAUCUCUCAACCCUAAGCGUCGACAACCUCGCCGCCGUAAAAAAGCAACUGGACGAUGAACUCGAGCACCUAACCACCUCGUUCUCAAAACUCCACCAGGCCCAGAGCAAAUUCAAAGAAUGCAUCGCAACGAUUAAGACCGGACUCCGACCCCGGAUGACAGGCAAGACCGUUCUAGUUCCACUUACCACUUCACUGUACGUUCCGGGCACGCUCUCGGAUACAGAGAACGUCCUUGUGGAUGUCGGCACCGGGUACUAUGUUGAGAAGAGCGCUGCCGACGCGGAAAAGUUCUAUGCUGAGAAGGUGAAAACGCUUACGGAGAAUCUGGGUGAGUUGGAGAAGAUUAUUGCUCAGAAGAGGCAGAAUGUGCAGGUUGUUGAGAAUGGUGAGUGGUUUACUCGAGCGGCGAUUGCCGGGCGGUCCGAGGUGCUGACUUGA